AUGCAUGAACCAUGGGAACUGCCCCUCCACCAGCACGGCACCGCCACCCCCUCUCUACUGCACACCCCGGGUGUCCCGCAGCCUCCAGACGCACAGACGUUUUCCACGUGGCUUUUAAAAACAGACGGCGCAAAACAGAACCACCAGUACGACUUACUGAAACACCUCUCUCAGCCAAAACCGCCCUCUUUUGACCACCUCGGCCGACACCUUCUACACGCACACCGGGACACGGCCGGCCCAGCCCGGUGUCUGCCCGAUCGCUCAGCAGCCCCAGCUCCAGCCCCUCCUCGGAUGGACGGGCCGGGGAUAGGCAGGGCGGGGACCCCUGGGAACAGCCGGGGCCGGGGGAAGCGGGGUCAGCGUAGGGCUGUCCGCCCGGUCGAGGACCUGGGGGCUGCCGCACCGUCGGGGGCUCCCUGGACCACCUCCACCCGGGGGUCCCGCAGCUCCGCUUCCCCUGGGGCAGAGGGAUACCCCCCCACCCGCGUCGCAGAGGACAAUCCCCCGUUACCUGCUCCCGGAGCUGAGUACGGACCCGGCGCCAGCGGCGAGGGAGCGGCCUCUGGGCAGGCGGGGCCGGGGCAGCGGCAGCCGCGCUCCGCCCCCGGGACCAAACCCGCCCCGCCCGCGGAGAGAGGCCCCAGGAGGUAG